GAGAAAAUGGAAUCAAGUUCGGUCCAUCACUCUCUAAGUAGCUUCGUGGGUUACGCCCUCACCAGACCAAUUCCAACACGGUGUAUUCACCUUUAUCCAGCCAUCCAAACACCCCUUAAACCCUCCGCUGUGUUACUAAUUGAAUAAUCCUUUGUACCAAAGGCAGCUUUUCGGAGAUCUCAAGGGACUAAACCCUCGACGUCUCCGUAGCCCCAUUUAACCUUUCUUUUCUCCACUCUGCAAUACACCCCUAAUUCUUUUUUCUAGGUUUAGUUCACUGAUUGAGAGAGAGAGAGAUAGAUACAUAGAGAUUUGUAGACAGAGAAAGAAGUAGAAAUUAAAGAGAGAGUGAGUGAGAUAUGACGAGCCUUUCUUCAUCUACUAUGGGUGCUCGUUCGUAUGGUCCUUCAUCGUCAUCAGCUUGUUCAAAUUUAUCUCCCAUGAGUGGGCAUCAUCAUUAUCAUCAGUGCGUAGCUAUUUCGUCGAUUUCUCCAAAGCGUUAUGGCCCCAGAAAGGUUUCUAUGCAAUCCAACCGAUGCCUAUUUUCAAACGUGAUUCGCAUGCAAGAUGGGGUUGUAGGUGAUGUAGCCACAACAGUGACCCCUUCAGAAAAUGAAACUCCUUUCAAGAAUUUGAAAGAUGGGUUUUUGUCAGUUACACCUCCAGAGGAAGGCAUAGAUGCAGCUGGCUUUAACAUCAAUGAAGGUAAGUCCACUGUCAGUAUUACUGUGGUUGGAGCCUCAGGGGACCUUGCGAAGAAGAAAAUAUUUCCUGCACUUUUUGCCCUUUAUUACGAGGGUUGCCUUCCUGAGCACUUCACUAUCUUUGGUUAUGCCCGGAGUAAGAUGACUGAUGCUGAACUUAGAAACAUGGUUAGUAGGACCCUAACUUGCAGGAUUGAUAAGAGGGAGAACUGUGAUGAAAAAAUGGAACAGUUCCUAAAAAGAUGUUUCUACCUUUCGGGGCAAUAUGAUUCUCAGGAAAAUUUUGCAGAUCUUGACAGAAAACUGAAGGAACAUGAGGCUGGAAGGGUUUCUAAUCGCCUUUUCUACUUAUCAGUCCCACCAAAUAUAUUCAUAGAUGCUGUAAGAUGUGCAAGCCUCUCUGCAUCCUCUGCUAAUGGUUGGACAAGGGUCAUUGUUGAGAAACCCUUUGGUCGGGAUUCCGAUUCAUCUGCUGCCUUGACGAGAGCUCUCAAGCAGUACUUAGAUGAAGAUCAAAUUUUCAGAAUUGACCACUAUCUGGGGAAAGAGCUAGUGGAGAAUCUUUCUGUCCUUCGCUUCUCCAACCUCAUUUUUGAACCCUUGUGGUCAAGGCAGUAUAUUAGGAAUGUACAAUUGAUAUUCUCUGAAGAUUUUGGCACUGAAGGACGGGGAGGAUAUUUUGACAAUUAUGGGAUAAUUAGAGACAUAAUGCAAAACCAUCUGCUUCAAAUACUGGCGCUUUUUGCCAUGGAAACUCCUGUCAGUUUGGAUGCAGAAGAUAUCAGAAAUGAAAAGGUCAAAGUCUUACGGUCCAUGAGGCCUUUACAACUUGAAGACGUGGCCAUCGCGCAGUAUAAGAGCCACACCAGAGGAGGUGUUACCUACCCAGCUUAUAAAGAUGACAAGGCUGUACCCAAAGACAGCCUAACUCCCACUUUUGCUGCAGCUGCUUUUUUCAUAGAUAACGCAAGAUGGGAUGGGGUGCCUUUUCUAAUGAAAGCUGGAAAAGCUUUACAUAAUAGGAGGACUGAGAUACGAGUACAGUUUAGACACGUGCCUGGGAAUUUAUAUAAGCGGAAUAUUGGGACAGACCUCGACCUAGCAACAAAUGAGCUUGUCAUCCGCGUGCAGCCAGACGAAGCUAUUUAUCUGAAGAUCAAUAACAAGGUCCCUGGUUUGGGUAUGCGAUUGGACCGCAGUAAUCUCAAUCUUCUAUACUCAGCAAGAUACUCGAAGGAGAUUCCCGAUGCAUAUGAGAGACUUCUUCUUGAUGCUAUUGAGGGUGAAAGGAGACUUUUUAUCCGAAGUGAUGAACUUGAUGCCGCUUGGUCGCUGUUCACACCUGUAUUGAAAGAGCUGGAAGAGAAGAAAAUAGUUCCCGAGUAUUAUCCAUAUGGAAGUCGUGGUCCUGUUGGGGCCCACUAUCUUGCAGCCAGAUACAAGGUUCGAUGGGGUGAUCUUGAGGUUGACCAAUAAUUUUGAGAUUGAUUUGACAUUGCUAUCAGAUUUGCGGAGUUGCGGAGGGAGUGACUAAUUGGUCUUGAUUCUACUUGUUGGGGUGCACCUAGUUGUUAUGCCAUCGACGUCUUGAGAUGGAGGUGUGGAAAGUUUGAAGUUACUUAAUCACUGGUGAAUUAGUGUGGAAUGGUAGUGGUGCAAAAAAAUAGAUAUCAGCAGGGAAGAUCGAGGCAAAGUCCUGAUUUUUUUUAUUUUUCAUCUUCAUACUGUAUACCUUUAAUUUUAGACUCAAAUAAAGUAGUCCAGAGGCAUUGCUUCACUGCCCACAUCAAGUUGCAAGGGAUUGGGGACCUGGACCUGCAUGGACACUAGUUGAGCUGUGCAUUUGAUAGUUGGACACUUGUUUUAGUGCAGCAUUUUAUGGCAUUUGGUUGUAACAUAGUUCUUACAAAAUUGAUUCAUGGUAGUUGGGUUUGGGACAUAAUGUUCAGAUUGACGAAUAUUUGUUUAGGAUGAUUUUGACUA